AUGCCCGAUUCUCAAAGCCCUACCAACCCUGCCGACCGGCCCCGCCUCACCGAAGCCCAGAAGAAGGAGAACCACAUUCGCUCCGAGCAAAAACGCCGCGAAGCCAUUAGAGAAGGCUUCGACCGGCUCGCCUCCAUCGUGCCUGGCCUCGAAGGUCAAGGACGUAGCGAGGCCGUCGUACUGGGCGGUGCUAUAAGACUCAUGCGCGAGAAGAUUGUGGAGCGCCAGCAGAUUAUUGCAGACGCACAGGCAAAGGGUGUGGAUACAACGGGGUGGGAGUUGGACAAGGAGACGAUGGAGGCGUGUGCUCGGCAAAUGGAAAGGACGCUUGCAGAGGACCGACAAGAAGAGAAGGACGCAGAGAUCAAGAGGGAGUGA